AGGGAGGAGGAGGAGGAGAGCAGUGGUCAUGGACCCUGGAUUAUGGACUCUGGAGCUGCUGGGUCUGUUUUUCUCGCUGUUCGCCUGCUUGUGUUCGCUGGUCACACUCAUGAUGCCGCAAUGGCUCACACUUUCCACCGAGCUCCUGCCCACCGAGAGCUUCCAGCUGGGAUUGUGGGAAACCUGCGUGGUCCAGGAUUUUGGGAUGACCGAAUGCAUCCCGUACAACACUCUGCUGGGUCUCCCAUCGGACAUCCGACUGGCCCGAAUCCUGAUGUGCACCGCUGUGGCGACGGGUUUGAUGGGUCUGUUAUUCGCCAUCCCGGGCAUCAACCUGGUGAACGGCUGCAGACGCACGGAGAGCUUCGAAGCCAAAAGGACCUUGAAGAUGCUCGGCGGGAUCUUUAGCAUCGUCGCAGGUGUCCUCGGUCUCGUGCCUGUCUCGUAUGUGGCACAUCUGACGGUUCUCCGGUUCUUCGAUGAAAGCGUGCCGAGCGUGGUUCCUCGGUGGGAGUUCGGAGAUGCGCUUUUCCUCGGCUGGGCGGCUGGGUUUUUGCAUUUGGCGGCUGGUUUGUUGUUGGUCACUUCUUGCUUGUUUAUGCAAGACGAAAGGUGUUCGCUACACCAAUCUAUAGCGCUAAACAGAGCUCAGAUGACGCGUCCAGAACGCUCUCCACGCGGGAGGACAGAAUAUGUGUGAGAUUAUUAAUGAACACACAGUUUGCUUCAACUAAUCUUUUGCGUUUUGCACUGAUAUGAUCAGAUAUAUUCAAAGAUUGUAAAUAUGCUGAUGCUGUUUUUAGUUUUUGGGCAGAUUAGACUUGAUUACAAAUCAUUUUGUGAAUCAUUUUAUAAACUCAAACCCAAAUCUGCAUGUGAAUGUGAUUCUAAUGAAACCACUACUAAUCGUGGAAACAAAUGAUGCAAACUUUCCGAGAAAGUGCAACUUAGGUUUUUAUGACUACGAGGUCAUUUAUUAGAGACAAUUUUAUGCUAAUUAUCCAAAUGAAAACCAGAUGCAAGUGUGUUUUUUUAUAUUUAAAAGAGAGUUAUUUAAUGAGAGGAAGAUGAUAUUAUACUUUGUUUUCUGAAA